AGCUUCAAUUUCCCAUCAAACAACAUCUGUCAAUUCCAACUAUCUUUUAUCUUUUAUCAAUUUGCAAUCAAGAUCAUUUUUUAUCAAUAUUUCGUUUUAAUUCACCAAAUUUCAAUUCGAAGAUCAAUCCCAAUAAUAAUCGAAUCUAAAGAGAUUUCCAUUCCAACAUCCAUUAAUCUCAUCGAUACAAUUGCUUUUGCUUUUGCUUUCACUUUGACUUUGAUUGAUUACUUCUCCUUUACUAUUCGGUCCCAUGCAGUAGCGACGGAAAAUGGCAGAUUCACAAGAUCCAGUCGUCACUGUCGCUUCCGACAAGGAAGAUGUAUCACCAACUCCUUCAAAAUCAAAAGCCUCGCCCUCAAAAAAUGUUACUACUAAUACCAACUCUCCCCAAAACCCUCCAUCAACAACGACGAAACCAACACAUGAUAUAACGACGGAAGACGAGGAACGCAGAACCCCCGUCCCAGAUAAUAAUUUAACCACGCCUGCUGGCAAUACAUCGUCGCGCUCACGCAACAAAUCGGCAAAAGAUCAAGCAUCUACUAUGCAAGGAAAUCUUGUACCUCAGAAUAACAAGGUUCGUCAUCUGAAAAAGGAUGACGGAGAGCCUCUAUGGAGAAAGGACAUCCAAUAUGAUUUUUUGAAGCUCAUCUUUGAGGACGACAACGCCGUAUUCACAAACGGUUACGAUGAUACCCUACCGAAACAGACUUUCGCAGACCUCUAUAUCGAUACGAUGGCUAGGAGUAGUAAGACGAGUAAGAUCUUGAGGGACAAAUUACUGAGCGAGCAUGAGCCAGCGAAGAACAUGGCAAUGGUGUGCCUUUUGGUUAAUCUUGGUCGCAUGAAUACCACUUUGAAUUUCUUUCCAGAAAUGCGAGCACAACUUCGUACCUAUCAUGCCAUUCCAUCUUUGCAAGCUCGACAAGAUCCGAAUUCUUACAAGCAGCUUCAAGAUGCGCCUCGACUCAAAUCUAUACUGAAGGGUGCAUCUGAGGAUCGUCCUGAACCUGGUACAUUGGAAAAGAUCAAAUCAACGCCGAUUCCUCGAACAAACCCAGUCAACCUUAUUUUCGUUCUUACUAACCAUGCUACGAAGGUUACGGAAUUGCAUUUUCCUACAACCCGGGAAUUUUAUGAUCUAAUCAUGAACACUCAAAUCACCAGCAAGUCGAGAGCAAAGGCGUUUUUAUGGUUGAUGUGGUUCUAUCUUGAGUCGGAUUUCACGGAAGAAGGGGCAGAUGAGAACCCAUUUGGGUCUGGCGUAGAUUAUGAUACCGACGUCAGAAAUCAAGGUGUUCCACGACUACAAGAUAUGACAGAAGAAGAAGAAUUAUUGGAGAACGUUGAUACAGAAGAGGAGCUAGAGUAUGGCCAUACUAAAAUGCGCGAACGCAAACGUAUCAUUGAAGCAGACCAAAUCGCUUUCCAAGCAGAGAAUGGUCCUCCAAAACGUGGUCCUAAGCCAAAGCUCAACUUACCGCUCGAUGAGGGUUCCAAUUCAUCUACUAUUAUGAGUCGUGUUCGGCCUCGUUAUGAUGAUGUAGUUGGAACUCCUGCUGGUUUGAUUAGUAAGAUUCGCCCCAGACACGACUCCGAUCUUGACAGCACACGCUCAACCCCGCCCCCUCGAGUCUUUAGUUCCAGCAACAUGCGUAUUAACAGUGUUCUUAAUGCAGGCUCCAGGUAUCGAAGCGGAAAGAAUGGUGAAGGGUCAUCUCCAGCGCCAGAGGUGCCAGCUACUCUUUCCAGGCGACAUCGACCCCUAACUGCACAUCAAAUCGCAGUAGAGCGGAACAGGAACCAACGAGUCGAUUAUAUUCUCAGUCGUGGUAUUAGAAAGGCACACCACUCGGCGAGAAAGUUGCGUAAACAGCAAGGCGUUUUCGCUCGUGCAUACCAGAGGGUGAACGCGAUGUCAGAUCCAUUCAGCGACAGUGAAGAUGACACCUAUCACAGGAAUCCUUACCCAUUCAAAGAACGUGGGUUUGGUGGUCUAGUUCAACUCGAAGCUGAAGAGGAUGAUUUUGGAGAAGAAGUAUCAUCGUAUGCAGCUGCUUUUCGACGUGCCGGAAGAAGACUCGAUCGUUGGGAUGGUCAGAAGGGCUUGAAUCUUGGAGUUAUUGGCACCAACCGCAUCUUGACAAGCAAUGGCGUCAACGGUCAUCGCGCACGCGAUAGUGAUGAAACCGAAGAUGAGCCAGACGAGCCAGUUAUUCAUAACCCAAAGCACCAGGCGAAUGGGCAUGUUACCGUACACGCAGGAGGGGAUGACGAUCUUGACGAUAUGGAUAAGGAGCUUCUGGGUUUGGUAUCUGAUGAUGACGAAGAUGGUCUCGACCCGAUGGAAAAAUCUUUGUUGGGAAUUGGUGGAGACGAAACCGAGAUAGAAGCUAGCGACACGGGAAUGGAUGUGGAUUAGCUCAACUUGUAUUGAUAUGAUAGGGUAGGGUAUUGAAGGGUAUGGAGAUAGCUCGAUAGGCUUGUCGAAAGAGGCGUUUUGGGGAGACAAAUUAUAGCUGGCGUCAUUAUUAAGGCAUGAAGUGAAAACGACUUUAUAACCUGCCGAAGGAUAUUUGAUAGAGGGACGAAAGGGUUUGAGCAAGAUGUGAUAGCUAUCUAUGUAUAACAAAUUAUUCUUAGGUACUUAUCCUUAGCAGCCAAGGAAAUCUAUAGUUGCAUGAUUUUAC